AUGUACAUGUAUGGCAUUGCGCCAUGUACGGGAGGUGUUGCUUUUGGAUAUGAUACCGGGUCUAUGAGCGGUAUUUUGACGAUGACUCAAUUUCUUUCUUACAUGAACUACCCCGGAAACUUUUUGCAGGGCGGAAUAACGGCAUCUAUCCAAGCUGGGUCAUUUGCAGGCUCACUUCUAACUGGUGCUUUUCUUGCGGAUCGACUCGGUCGUCGCAAAACUAUUCUAUUGGGCUCCUUGAUCUUCACAAUCGGCGUAGCUAUAUCGACUGCAGCAAACGGUGUUACCGCUCUUGUUGCCGGACGUGUUGUUAAUGGUUUGGGAAACGGCUGUUUAGCAAUGAUGGUACCCUUAUACCAAAGCGAGAUUGCACCUCCAAAAAUCCGUGGUCGCAUUGUUUCUCUUCAGCAAUGUUGUAUUAACUUUGGCAUUCUAAUUGCGUUUUGGAUUCAAUAUGGAUCGAGCUUUUUAGAUGGAGACAAAUCGUGGCGUUUGGCACUUGGACUUCAGAUGAUCCCCACCGUCACUUUGCACUUGACCAUGUAUUUCAUGCCAGAGUCCCCUCGGUGGCUUGCACAGCGCGAUGAACAUGAAAAGGCUUUACACUCAUUGGCCAGAUUACAUUCAGAUGGCGAUAUCAAUGAUCCUUUUGUGCAGGCCGAGCUGGCUGAGAUUGAGUCGAAAAUUCAAUGGGAGAGACAAAACCCACCCCCGACAUACAUUGAGAUGUUGGUUGGACGAGAUCGACGUCGCACCUGGCUAGGCAUUGGAGUGCAAUUCUGGCAACAGGUGACCGGUAUCAAUGUAAUCAUGUAUUAUGCAGUAUUCUUAUUUGAACAAGCUGGUAUCAGCUCAACUCGAGGCUCUCUACUCGCAAAUGGUAUCCAGGGAGCUGUAUUGAACGUCUUCACUUGGCCAAACAUGUACUGGAUGGAUACAUGGGGUCGUCGUACCCCCAUGGUCAUUGGAGGAGCUGGUAUGGGUACUGCUAUGAUGCUUAUUGGAGUAAUUAUGAAAACGAAAGGAAACCCGGUAUAUGAUCCUCUCACGAAGAAGACAAACUUUGAUUUCAGUAGCCAAACAGCGUCAAAUGCCACAAUCGCCUUUGUCUAUGUAUAUGUCAUGGUCUUCGCAUUGACAUGGGCCUGUGUAGCAUGGGUCUAUCCUCCAGAGUUGUUCACUACAGGCUCUCGAGGUCGUGGAACAUCUAUGACAUCCGCGACGAACUGGUUUGUGAAUUUUUGGUUUGCUCUUUACAUUCCAACAGCAAUGAAUGAGAUAUCAUGGAAGCUUUAUAUGAUCUUCAUGACUCUUUGCUUUGUGAUGGCCAUCGUCGUGUUUUUCUUAUAUCCGGAAACUGCCGGUAAAUCACUGGAAGAAGUCGACUUUUUAUUCUCUAAAGACAGGACAAUUUGGGUAUUCAAAGAUCGCCAGGCCCGCAAAGUUGGUGCCAUUUUUGAACGCGAUAUGGCGCACGGAGAAGCUCUUACCGACUUUGAUGGAAAAGGCAUUGGAACAACCCAUGUGGAUAAUGUGGAAUGA